AUGGAAGAACCUGAAAACAUCGAACGUAACGACAAUGGUAUCGACAACGGUGUCAACAACUCAGUGCCAUCGAUUAACGAUCAUAGUAUGUUGCAAGAUGGUACGCAUAAUCGAACAUCUAAUUAUACUUCAGAGAUAAAUAUGGGAUUUGUUAAAGACAAAAUUCGACAAGAUCCCAUGCUCGAUUCGGCCAUGUUCAAAGCGUACGAAAUAUUGCGCAAGAUUGCACUUGAUUACCAUCUCGAAGAUGAAUUAGCCGUUCCUCGAACUGUCUUUGUCGGCGAUACAUCAUCGGGCAAAUCGAUGUUGGUUCAAAUGUUUCUUCGAUUUCCAUGUGCUUUCUCACAAGCCAAUGUUGGCACUCGAUGUCCCAUACAAUACAAAUUACGCUAUGAUCCAAAUUUAGCCGAUGGUGAAAUUCAUUUCAUUCAACCGAGAGGUUGGCUAGCCGAAGAUCUCGGCAGAAAUUUGCAAACGGAAAUGGCACGGAUCGAGAACGAUCACAAGAGCGACGGUGGCUUUCGUCUCGAGCCAUUCAUUGUCGAAAUUGCUAGCAAACAUUACACAGACUUCGAAAUCUUAGAUGUACCUGGCCUAGUCAGCGGUGAUCGAGAUCCGAUCAAACGAGCAGCUGUUGAACGUAUUACCGAACAUUAUGUGCGCGAUCCGACCUUUAUGAUUGUUCAACUCAAAGAAGCUCAACAAUUGGCUGAUAAUACAUAUGGAACACGACGUAUCGGCGAACUAUGCACUAGUGAACCCUCUCUUUGGGGUUCAAAGUUACCAGCCAGAAAAGAUUAUGUCCAACAUACGAUCACAAUUCAAACGAAAUUCGAUGCUUUCAUGCGUGAACAUGACAAUGGCACAGCAGCUAAUGAAGAUAUUAACUCACGAAUCAACAUCUUUCCAAAUACAUAUUUUACGAACAUGGUCUUCGAUGUGUACAAUUUCUCUGAACAUACAUAUGAAGAAAAUGUUCAAUGUAUUGCUCAAUUACCCGAAAGAGAAAAAAAAGAAGUGGACGACUGGAUCAAUGUUAUCAAUAGAAAGGCCCGUACGGGUGAUUCCAGAUAUCAUUUAUUCAAUCAACGGUAUCGGCCAUUAAUUGGUAUCGAUAUUGUACGACAACAAAUUCAAGAAUUAUGGCUACGGGCAUUUCGUGCUGCGCUACCAAAAUUACAACGGAUAAUCAAUCAGCUUAUUCGAAAAUAUUCCGAAGGAUUCGAAACAGCUCUAUUCAAUCUUGAACAACAAGAUCCACGUAGUGUACGCAAUAAUUAUCAAAAGUAUAUUGAAGCAUUUCGAACGACAAUCAGCGACUAUGCAGCCUAUCGAGCAGAAGUGAAUGCUUUGUUUCCGUUGGAAGAAUAUGGUCGAACCUAUCAACAAAUUGAAGAUGAGUAUAAUGCGUGGAAUCGAAAGCAGGCACUCACAUGGCGAGCCUAUCUGUCAGCCGAACAACUCAAACAAAUUUCGAAUGGAGAAGUAUUAGCUACACUUGAUUUACGCUAUAUCGGUGCUCGACAUUUUGAACGUUUGCGUCAGGUAUUUUCAUACAUGAUACUAUCACACAAUGCACUGAAUCGUGAAAGAGAUUGGUUUGAAUCAUCCCAAUCACUAUUGUAUGGCGGUGUGAGUGAUUAUGAGAAUACGGAAAAAGCUGUGCGUGAAUCUCUUUUCACACUUAUUCGUGAAACGUUUCUAAUCGGAAUUUGUUGGCUUACACAAAUGUACACAUUUCUAAGUGAUCAUUUUGCUAAUCAUGUCAAACUGGCUUUGCUCAAUACGAAAUUUUCACAUUUAGAAAAUCAUGUCAAAUUUUUAAGUCUAGUCGAUCUCGAAUAUCAUACGGUUACACGUAAAUUUAUUCGUAAUGCUGUUAUUGCUAUCAAACAUGCACGAUACGCUAAAAUGGUCUAUGCUGUUCAUAAUGUAUGUGGUACAUUGAAAAAUCUUGUCGGCUCAUUUUCACAUAUGGAUGUGAUGUUAACAAAAAGCAAUGAUGAUAACAAUGAUGAGAAUGAGGAUAACUUGGGACAAACAGCACUAAAAGUUGCAAAAGACGUGAUACCUAAAAUAAUGACGGGUCAGCCUCCGACACCAGCCGUUGCAACGUCAGCUGUUUCCGCUAUUGCACAACACAAGAAUCCACUCAAGUUGAUUUAUGCUACAGGCAAAUUUCUCACAAGCAAUCGAAAUCCGCAAACAGUCAAUUAUUUACCACAAACACGUGAUACCGUUGUUGAAUUGUACACGGCUGUACGUGGCCAACUUUUACAUGAUAUAACGACAAACUUUUUUGCCAAUCUUGUCCUUGAAAUUCAACAAUACAAGUCGAUUCCGAUUGAAAAUAGUCUACAGCAUCGUCUCAAUCGUAUGUCGGAUAGGGAUAUUGCAUACAUGGCCAACAUUGAAAUUGAUAGUAGCCGUAACAAAGUGCUUGCAACUCAUAAAAAUAUUACACUACUUGAACAAGCGCGUGAUGAUAUCGAAAAUGCCAUUUCACUGAUCAGUAAUAAAAAUAUGGGGAGUGACAUGGUUGAUACAGACGAUAAUAUUAAACAAAGAAUUCGAGCAACACACGAGCAUACGCGUAAUAAACGUCUGCGUGACAUUGAGAAAAAAUUGAAGACACGCCAACGUCACAAGAAAAAACGUAAACAAGUGAUCACUGUUCGAUCUGACAAUCGGCGUUCCUCAUUGGAUGUGGUUAGUGAAGACAAAGAAUCGUUGAUAAACUCAGAUUCACAAGAUGAUAGUGAUGAAAAUGAAGCAAGUGAGGUUGAAGAUGAACGUGAACUCAUGAGAUAUGAUGAUAAUACGUCAAGUGAAACGUAUUUACUCGGUGUAUUUCGAAAACAUGAUCAAGAAGAUCUUGAACUUGGCUUCCUUACGGGUGAUUCAUUGGAAGCUGAUGCGAAAUUUGUCGAAUACAAACAACAACAACAACAACAACAUCAAGAACAACAGCACUCAAUGAGUUCUAACAUUGCGUCAAGCGUACGGAUGGCUGAAUAUUUGGAACAAAUAUCAGAUGUUUCUAUUAAUACAAAUUUUAUAUUUCCACAAGAUGAAACUGCUUCGUCUGCCACUAAUACGGACGAUGAAGACGAUCAAAAUUCUGUGAUUGAAGCGAACGUUUCAACAAAGCCAAGUACGUGA